AUGCAAUUAACAGCUCUGACAUCAGGGGAGAAGCAAAUAUAAAACACCCAGCUCUAAGAGGGGCUCAUCAGAGAAUCCCCUCCGGAGUGUAAGCCUGAUUUUUAUUUAUGUGCUUCAGUCCCUACACAAAGGGCUGCAGAGCAGAGAUUUGUUCUUCACUCUUGCUUAAAGCAGAAUGAAAGCUGAUAAACUCCUCUCUCUGGGAAGCAUCUUCUUGUUCCUGCUUUUUUUCCAUCAGACCUGGGCUCAAUUCCCAAGAGAGUGUGCCACUGUUGAGGCCUUGAGAAAUGGUGUGUGUUGCCCAGACCUGUCCCCAGUGUCUGGGCCUGGGACUGACCCCUGUGGCUCCUCAUCAGGGCGGGGGAGGUGUGAGGCAGUGAUAGCAGACUCCAGACCCCACAGCCACCAUUACCCCCAUGAUGGCAGAGAUGAUCGGGAGGUUUGGCCCACACGGUUCUUCAACAGGACCUGCCACUGCAAUGGCAAUUUCUCAGGACACAACUGUGGGACUUGCCGUCCAGGAUGGAGAGGAGCUGCCUGUGAUCAGAAGGUCCUCACAGUCAGGAGAAACCUCCUGGCCUUGAAUACAGAAGAGAAGAACCACUUUGUCCAGGCCUUGGAUAUGGCAAAGCGCACAAUUCAUCCUCAGUUUGUCAUUGCAACCAGGAGAUCAGAAGAAAUAUUUGGGCCAGAUGGCAACACACCACAGUUUGAGAACAUUUCCAUUUAUAACUACUUUGUUUGGACACACUAUUACUCAGUCAAAAAGACUUUCCUUGGGCCAGGACAGGAAAGCUUUGGUGAGGUGGAUUUCUCUCAUGAAGGACCAGCUUUUCUCACAUGGCACAGAUACCACCUACUGCAGUUGGAGAGAGACAUGCAGGAAAUGUUGCAGGAUCCUUCAUUCUCCCUCCCCUACUGGAAUUUUGCAACUGGGAAGAAUGUCUGUGACAUUUGCACUGAUGACCUGAUGGGAUCAAGAAGCAACUUUGAUUCCACUCUUAUAAGCCUGAACUCUGUCUUUUCUCAAUGGCGAGUGGUCUGCGAAUCCUUGGAGGAUUAUGAUACCCUGGGAACCCUUUGCAAUAGUACUGAGGGUGGGCCAAUUAGGAGAAAUCCAGCUGGAAAUGUGGCUAGACCAAUGGUGCAACGUCUUCCUGAACCACAGGAUGUCGCUCAGUGCUUGGAAGUUGGUUUAUUUGACACCCCUCCUUUUUACUCCAAUUCUACUAACAGUUUCCGAAACACAGUGGAAGGUUACAGUGAUCCCACAGGAAAGUAUGACCCUGCUAUUCGAAGCCUUCACAAUUUGGCUCAUCUAUUUCUGAAUGGAACAGGGGGACAAACCCAUUUAUCCCCAAAUGAUCCUAUUUUUGUUCUCCUACAUACUUUCACUGAUGCAGUUUUUGAUGAAUGGCUGAGGAGAUAUAAGGCUGAUGUAUCCACAUUUCCAUUGGAAAAUGCCCCUAUUGGGCAUAAUAGACAAUACAAUAUGGUACCAUUCUGGCCUCCAGUUACCAACGUAGAAAUGUUUGUUACCGCUCCAGACAAUCUGGGAUAUACUUACGAAGUUCAAUGGCCAAGUCGGAAUCUUAGUAUUCCUGAGAUUGUUACCAUAGCGGUAGUUGCUGCUUUAGUACUGGUUGCAGUAAUUUUUGCGGGUGCUUCUUGCCUGAUUCGUGCCAGAAGCAACAUGGAUGAAGCGAAUCAACCUCUUCUCACUGAUCAGUAUCAACACUAUGCUGACGACUAUGAAAAAAUGCAGAAUCCUAAUCAAUCUAUGGUCUAAUAACAAAUGACCAAUUCUCUUAUGUAUUAGUAUCAUAAAACCACCUGGUUGAAAAAUAAUAGAUUAAAUUUCUUACUGUAUUUUCUUUCCUUCCAUUACUUUCUUCCUGAUGCAUGCACAUAUUAGAAUUAAAACUCUAAAUAUUAUUUUCUAGCUAGGGAGAGUCACAAUUGUUAAUUGGUUCUAUUUUUCAACUCUAUUUAAAAUGGUAGGUUGUACAUUAAUUAGAAUUUAAAUAAAAACUUGAAACAUUAAAAAAUAAAAUAAAAUGGUAGGUUGUAGGCACACAUCCUAACCCUGAUCUAUAACUCUGACCCUAAAUCUAAUCCUAACCCUCUGGAGAGGUCCCUGAACUGCAAAAUACCGGGCACAUGCCCUAACUCUAACCCUGAAUCUAAGAAAGUAGCUUCCUGAACACAUGGUAAGAAAAGCUGAGAAGCAGCUUAGUUAUCUUAGAGAAGACCCCAAAUAUUUAAAAAUUGGCAGUUUUUCUGAAAAUGGUCAUGAAGGUAGAGAUUUUUAAAAAAAUGGUAGGUUGCACCAACUCCAUGGUAUUUAAGCAGAGAGUGUGAAGAUUUUUGGCAUGUUUUAAAGGUCAACUAUAUGACAAUGUAAAUAAACUGUUGUGCUUUGUUUAUGUAUAAAUAAAAAAAUCAUGAUAGUAAAUCUCUGAUUGAAAUACAUGAGUAGGAAUUUCUACAAUGUUAAAAUGUGAAUAUAUUUCUGUUCAUUGACACUGAACAACAGAUACAUAGGAAGCCACAUUUAUUAGUUAAAAUCAAUGAUGUGUAGCUAUAAAUGGGAUCCCAAUUGACUUUUUCAAACUACAAUUUCCCUUUGAGCAUCAGCAUAUGUUUCAGUCUAAGGUUCAAAGUCGUGACAAAAUCAUGAUCUUUAUCACAUUUUGGAGUGGUGAAAACUUCACUUUGUCUAAAACACAGUUAAUACUGCUUCUGUUAGCCACUACGUUCUACCUCUUAAUUCACUGAAAAAGGAACUACACAUUAACUUACACAUUUCAUCUCUCAGUUAGUUCCUCUUCCAAUAUCUUAGAGGUUCACAAGUAAGCCACAAUGGUGGAGAACACACAAUACGGUGCUCUACAAUUACCAUUCAAUUCAUUGUGUUUAUUCCGAAUAGCGUUCUCUUAUCACUUACCAGCCUUUUGUAUGUUUUCAAAAUAAAAUAUUAAAAAUA